GAAGGGUGAUGUUAAAUUAUCGGUAGCAGAAGUGAAAGAGAGCUGGUGUCGGAAAAUAUGAAUCAAUGAUAUCUCGUUCAGUAAGAAUCGGUUUUUGAGAUUUGCGUGCAAGAAGUGUGUCGCAGCUAGAGAAAGAGCAGUUCCCCUCUCCCCAUUGCAUCGCCAGAGCACGGUCGUUUUGUAUCUGUCGUGUCCAUCGUUUCUAGACGUUCCCUAUGUGCUCGAUUCAUUGCUUUGUAAUUUUCGUAUCGAAAGAGAACUACCAAAGUUGUUUCGUAGUGCACAUCAUGAUCCAUGACGGUUGAGCCUCGCACAGAAGAUGAUAGUGUAGCCUAGAACCUCGACUCAGUAGUGACUCAUGUGACCGCGAAGUUCCAGCCAAAAUUAUGGUCGUUAGUGUACUGAUUCAACGUCCUUAUAACGUGACACCAAGAAUCUUAGCUGCAUAUCAAGAACAGGUCCAUGAAGAUAUUGGCAAACGGUCUGAGCACUUGUAGGUCUUACAUCAGGACUGAUUUGAUCCGUUCCAAAUGAUGUAGUUCGUCGGAUGCAAAGCCGUCCUUCCUCCACAUGGGAAACUACUCUCGAAGUUGAGGCCAAGAUAUGUCUCGACGUGCUAUGGUGCACGCGUCGGAAGCACGCCCUCGAUGGAGCACGGGCACCAUCAUCCGCGAGACCAUCGGGCGGCGCCUUUUGUCACUAUGCAUCGGUCUUGCUGGCAACGCAACCGCGGUUUACCAUACUUCGGCGCAAGAUCGUCUCCGACCUGCAGACAGCAUCUUUUUGCAUGAACGCGACAGCUUAGCGGAUGACAAUAAAGGGCCUGAUGAUGCCCGCGAAGAACAUGCCUCGCUUUUACCUAUGGAGGAAGAAGGGGCAAAAGCUUCGCGUACUAAGCAAGGUUUAAGAAGUAGACAUCAACGUUUAGACGAAGUUUCUCCAAGAGAACGGUCGUCCCUAUCUGCAGCGAGUGGAGCCAGUAAGAAGUCACUGCGUCGUGAACAUGCGGGUACAAGUCUAGUACAGAAGACAGCGGUGAGUAGGGAAAGUGAAGAUGGGAGAGAAACAGUAUCGGCAGUUGUAUCGUCCCUUGCUCAGGUGGUGCGCGAUUCACCUGAUGGUGAGAGGCGCCGAGCGAACGAGUACUUUGAGAACGAUCUACUAGCCCAAAGUGGUCAGGAACUGGUAGCAGGAGAAUUCUUAGGACCGAAACCUGGCUAUGACGAGCCCUUAGACGGUAUCUCUUUUCAGCUUACGGCUCUUGGUUUUAGUCGACAGGCAAAUCUUAUGCGUUCUUCUCUUCACUAGCAUCUUUGUCUCAUGACUCGACGCAUCUGAAAACUACUUCAGUCACUGGCCCCAACAACAUUGAGAUCUAGAAAUUCACUAUCGUUGAAAGGAAAAAAAUUUCUGCAGCGGAGGUUGUAUCCUAUUCGAGCACUAGUAUCUUUCAUUGGGAUGUAUCUAUGAGAUGGUUCUAUGGGUGCUUUUCAUUGGACCCAGAGCAGACUAAUUCUUGAAAGUUCUAGCAUGUCCCCCUUAAGAUCGGUUCCUUUUGGUAUUUUCCAGGUUCGGCGCGUUUGCCCGGGUAUCACCAAUUAUCAGACAGUGGAGCUGGCGCAGCUACCGAGUACAUAUUUAAGGCCCUUCUCGAUCCACCCCUAGUAGAUUGGAUGAUGCAUACUCGUGUUGCUCUUUCCCUACAGUAAAAGAGAGCGACCGAGAUCCAUUUGUUGAUUUCUUGUAGUUGACUGGCAUCAGCAUAAUGACCCGAAUGAAUAUCACCAGUAUCGUCGCGUCAUUUCGAUCCAACACGUGUUCAGUUCCCUCAAUUUUUGGUGACAGGAUGUUUGGUUUCAGCUUUUCCUGUACGUAGGGGGUGUGAUAUAUCCUUUGAUAAUAGCUCUUAUUUUUUUAUUUUUGGUACUAGCUUGGAGCGUCCGAUAACAUCCCCCCCACUAGGAUCCCCCUCCUCUCCAAAAUAAGAAACCAAGCACGGCAAAGAUGUAGCUGAUAUGUGUUUUACAAAUUUCGAAAAUUUUCCACGUUUUGUCUUCGUUUGGGGAUUGAAUCUCGUGCGUUUGAAGUGCUAAGAUCCCAAAGCUUUUGACUUUAGGCCCUUUCUCUGCGAUUCAAUACCUUGGGUUUGCAUUUUUCAAAUUUCGAAAAUUUUCCACAUUUUGUCGCCGUUUUGGGGUUGAAUUCUGUGCGUUUGAAGUGCUACAAAGCCCCAAAGCUUUUCACUUUAAGCCCUUAGGCCUGAGCUUCAAUCUCUUGGCUUCGCGUUUUUCAAAUUUCGAAAAUUUUCCACGUUUUUUUUGCGUAGUUUUGGGAUUGGGUUCUGCGAUUGUGAACUGCCAAGAUCCCAAAACUUUUGAUUUUAAGCCCUUUCCCUCAAAUUCAUAUUCUUGCGUUCGCGUUUUUCAAAUUUCGGAAAUUUUUUGCCUUUUUUCGUCGCUUUGGGAUUGAAUUCUGCGAGCACGAAGGGGCAAUAUCCCAAAACUUUUGAUUUUAAGCGCUUUCCUUGGAAUUUGAAUUCCUAAAUUCAUAAAUACGCAAAUACAUAAAUGCAGAAAUUCCUAAGUUCUUAAAUUCCUAAGUUCUUAAAUUCCUAAGUUCUUAAAUUCCUAAACUCCUAAAUUCCUAAACUCCUAAAUUCUUAAAUUCCUAAACUCUUAAAUUCAGAAAUUCGCAAGUUCAUAAGUAUAAGUUCGUGGGUUCAUGGGUUUGAGUUUGGAAGUGGGAGUGUGAGAGUUUGGAGGGGUUGUGGUAGAAUUUUUUUUUAGCUCUUUAAUAUUUUAGGGAGGUCUUGCCCGAAGGCAGUAGCGAUCUAAUCUUGCCGGUGGAAGUAGCGAUCCAGAAGUUAGUGAUUCGUCAUUGGAAAACUUUUUCCUUGCGAAAGCGGCUGAAAUUUCAAAGCAGGAGGCGGCUCUGCAAAAGCAAGAAGUGCAGACGGGACUGAAGCUGUUACCCGGAGAGGAGACUUAAGGCCACUGUAACCACAUACUCGACAAGCUGCUUCCUGGCUAUUUCAUCUCCAAAACCGGGAUCGGGGAUGCUCAGCUCCGCGUCGUCAGUUUCAUAACAUAAGCAGUGAGUGCCAAGACACAAAAUAUUUGACUCUAAAACACGCUGUUCGGGUCUCUUUUUAACGUUGAUGGGCUGAUCGCAGACGUGCAGUCGUUUUUCUACAACGGGCUCGCUGCGAUGGUGAAGGCGGUACAGAGAUGCUUUAUUUCAUAAUCCUCUAGUCAAAAAAAUGCAGCGGUCUUCGACUGCGUUCUGCGUCCUUUGAUUGAAAUUGGUUUAUGAGCUCGUCUUUCUGAACGCUGCAUCCUGUUGAUAGACAGAACGACAUCUAGACACCGCAUCUUCUGACAGACAAAAUGAAAUGAAGGAACAUGUGGGGCUUUUUUUCUGUCAGGCUCCCGUCCUAGACGCGACAAAAUAACUUGCGGGUUGGGCGCAAGGGUAUUUGUGUCAAUGUACAAAAAAUGCCAUUGCUAGCUCGAAGAAAGAAGUUAAGAAGUGUUUCAGUGGUCACUUUUUUCCUGAGAUCAACUAGCAGGCGCCUGUGUAUUCUGAUAGUGUUAAGAUUCGAACAGCCCGACAAACUCAGCCAGAGACUGGCCGCAGAAAGGCGGAAACUAGUCACAGCGAGCGCGAGACUAGUCACGGCAAGGCUGAGACUCGUCACAGUGGACGCGAGACUAGUCGCAGCAAUUUCGAGACUAGUCACGGCAAGCGUGAAAGUCGUCCCAGUAAGUUGGAAACUGGGACGAGCCACAGACAGGAAGUUCGAGACUAGUCACAGGAACGGCCACAACCCCCACAACCCGGACGCAACUCGUCACAACUCCCAGGGCUUAGAAGUAACAGCGCCAAACGCUUGCCGAGUGGGCUGGCCUUUCUCGCGUUGGCGCCCCUCGAUCAAUACCAACGAACUUGCAGGUAAAAUCCGUUCUAGCGAAAAUACUGCUGGGUCUUACAUCGCUGGCAAACCCAAAGACACUGAUUCAGACAAUAACGUUUCCGAUGGUUUUCGUUUCGAGUCCCUUCCGCAAUGCGAGCCCCACUGGACAACUUCUGAUGAUUUUGGUACUGAACAUUAAUUUAAAUUUAUUAUACUUCAAUCGGUCACCUUAUCCAAUAUCGUAUUUCAGAAAGGCUAGCAUUUUUGUAUUCGAGGACUUAAGCCGACGCUCGCUCCUCAGCUCAUUCCAGGGCUGACACUCUCAAUGUAUUUGGUCACAGACAGUCAGUUUUCACCACCGUCCACCAGGCACUGGGACUGUUCAUCUACACGAUGUAUUUCUGUGGUUUUUCGCUGGAGUAUAUGGUUGCGCGACACCACGUUUGGGUGCCGAUGUAUAUGCGGCCGCCCCGACGGCACGUCGCGGGUCAUGUUGCGGACCACAUUCGGCAGAGAGACGAUUUGCUUAAGACAAGGGAAAUCAAAAUCAUAUAAAUCACAAUUAUGAACCUCUUACAACUUUACAUACUCCCAGGGUGGGAGGUUUGCCACCCACUUACUUAUCGCGGCGGUCUCGUUUUACAUUGUCUUUUGAAUAUUUUCAUUGGUCAUCGAAUUUGUGAUUUUGAUGAUCGAGUCUAAUCUUAGGAGUGAACAUUAUCGACGGCUCAACCUGCUCCAGAAUAUGCACGACGGCAUGUACCGAAAGCUUCAGGCCGGCAAAGGAUUUUUGCUUUCAGCUUUGCAGGGAGAGGCACAGCAGACUGAUGAGAUGAAAAUUAUGGCCCUUCCACUAGCCAACAUGAUGGAUCGGACUUAUGCCUAAUUUACAGAUAAAUGAUCACUGGUGGGUUUUGUUAAUGAAUUGAUCUUUCUCACAGACAAGUGCCAUCGAGCAGCGUCUUAAAAAUUUGCAUUAGGCCUUGCAUUACUUUGAAUGUUCUGACUCACAAAUCGUCGAUGAAGCAGCAUUUAGUUGCUUGUCGGAACCCGUAAAGUAGAAGUAGACUAUCUUUACUUGUGUCUUACGUUUGUCAGAAACCUUCCUCUUCAGACACGCUACUAAAGAAUAUGAACAACAAAUAAAACUAUUACUACUUUUUUCUUAUCAUGCAGUCAUGGUCGAAUCCAUUGCGACAGGCUCUAACAAAACAGCUGAUGAGCGAACACUUCUUGUGUACCAGGUUGAGCCACUCUUUCGCGAGUGGAAGCCACAAGGGCCUGGUGAGAGCACCAGCUCUGAUGAGGAGAGUGGUGCAACAGGCGAAAUAUAUCACGAAAAUACUGGUCGUGGUACCGAUGCGUCUAAGCAGGAUGCAGAAUGGGAGCGGGGCCGCUUUUCGGCAAAGGAUAGCGUCGAUGCAACGGCUCCUAGUACAAAGGGUGAGUUGGCGGGAUUCAUGAGCAGCGCGCCACACAGAGACCCUGUUGAAGGGUAUCAUUGAUCUACUUAAAAAUUCUAAAUCUCAUGUCACGCUGGAUGAUAAAAACCGUCGAUGAAAAGCAGCUGAUUCGGAAUCGUGUCCCCAAACAGAAGCAAGACACUUGGUUCAACACCUAAACGAGCAGCCAUUAGAGAUCCCGUUAGCGAGCGAGAAUGGACUGCAGGCAACAAGAUAAGCCGAGUAAUUUUGAUUUGCUAGAGAUAAAGACUAUGAAUGUUAUUAUGUUUGAUGAUCUUGAAGCAACAACUACGUGAUACUCGUUGCGCCGACUUUCGUUGUGUGCCAUUUCUCUAUGAAGGUGACUUUGGGUGCAUAAAGGGUUCCGUCUUGAAUGAUAUCUAGUGUGUGUUGCAAGUUUAACAGUAUAAAAGUUCUUGAUCUGUAGAAGUUCGUCCGUGGAGGUGACAAGUUGAGUCACCACCAGUUUGCAGCAUUUAUACAAGAAGUGGA